GGACUCCAUGCGCUGGAAUGGUAUACAACCAACUCGGUAUUAAGGUGCUGGUGAUUCUGUCAAUCACUAACCAUGGCGUGUGGUCAAUCGCUGGAGGCCUUGGCGACCGAUGCAGAGAAAACUCGAUCUGUGACGACGUUGAGACUGUGUGCAUUGUGGGAAAGAAUGUGUGUAUGUGUCGCCAAGAAUAUGAACAACAGACAGGACGAUGCGUUUUGAAAGCGACGACACCUGGAACAAAUCAGUUGAAUGAAUUACAUCCAAACCGUGAUGACCAAACUAACAACAACACAUUGCGACAACUCCUAUUCAACUCUCGAAGAAAUGGAGAUCGUAAUACGACCAAUGAUCUGCUCGCUUCUGGUAAAGACAAUUUCGCCUCAAAAGACAACUUAAUUUCAGCUGGAUCGAUCAACAAUGGAACGUUAAAUAAAACGGAAUUUGACUGGUCUUCGAGAUCAGCAAUACAAGCUGACAACAAUCUGAUUUCCAUUGAUCAAAAUACUUUCAGGAACUUCUCUGCACCAGAUACCAAAGGUGGUGACAGCAAAAUGAAAGAACUUAAUGCUAAUUCUAUCUUUAAUGUUUCGAACGCAGAUACGCUGUUUAACGGCCUACGUGUGGCAAAGACAAACACGUCAGAAACUGGUGAUAUAACGCAGGAUGGCGAGACGUUCAAAAACCCGUUACUGGAUAACACUCGACCUAACUAUGAUCCAGAUACAGAGCUCGCUCUAUCCAAAGAAGUAAGAAAUGAUGGAUCUAGACAAACAGGCGAAUGGGUUGAAGAGGGAUUAAGAAGAACAGCAGGUGGAUUUGAUGCAGGAAGCGCCAAUAUUCAAACCUCGUCUUCGGGAAACUCAAGCGAGCGAAAACUUGUCUGCUACUACUCCAGUUGGGCGUUAGAUCGGCAUGGUCUGGGUAGAUUCCUUCCUUCAGAUAUAGACGCACACCUCUGCAAUUAUUUGAUCUAUGAAUUCGUUACCAUUGGCAAUGACUUUCGCCUUGAGAUGAUCAAUAGUUUUGCUGACCAGUAUCUGUACAAUACAUUCAAUAUGUUGAAAUUGAAAAACAAUUCGUUGAAAACCAUGAUUUCCCUGAACGGGGUUAAAAACAUCGACGGUCUAAUUGGAACUAUGAUGGCAAGCGGGGAACAACGAAUGACAUUCAUAGAUUCAUGCAUACGGCUUCUUCGGUUCUGGGGUUUUGACGGACUUGAAAUUGAUUUGGAGUUUCUUCUAUCACAGGGCACUACAACAGAGGAUAUGAGCAAUUUUUUAAAAUUGUUAAAGGUUUGUUAUAGCUUUUAUAUUUGA